UCUGGCCAAAUCCUCUAUAAGCAGAAAUUACCUCAUUCCGCACUUUAGUAAAAGUUAAAAGAUUGCUUGGUAAAGGUAAAUACUUAAACUUGGUUAUAUGUUUAAAGAUUUUUAUUGGCAGCCUGAGUUCAUUGUUAAUAUUUAUAGAAUAAAUACCUCGAAAAUUUGUAAUAAGGUGAAUUUGACUGUAUUUUUCACAUUUCUUGCCCCCGUCGGUAACGUCAACAAACAAAAAUGGCGUCCAGAUGGAUUUUUUAAAUUCAAAAGUCAAAACCAUUCACUUAUACUAGUUAUUGGAUUAUUUCAAUCGCCCCUAAUUAUUGGUACAAUAUAAAUAUAGUUAAUACUUGUUUUUUAAGAAUUAACAAAUUCUAAGAGUUUACUUUUGACUAUUUUGAGUGUCUAAUCUUAAUAAACGUAGACUUAAUUAGGAUUUAGUUUUAGGACCAAUUCAAUAAAUAAUACUAAUACUAAUAACUAAUACAUAGGCCUAGGCCUAAUUAGUAUUUAGUGUUAGUUAGUAUUACAAUUUCACUUACAGCUUAGUACUAUUCUGAAACUUUUCAGAACUAAGAAUACUAAACUAAGAUUAAGAUUAGUCAUAUAAGAUUAUUAAGAAUAGGGGUGUGCCGGAGUCCGGCCCGGAAUCCGGUUCCGCCGGAUUUUGCACUAUCCGGUGAAAUCCGGUUCCGCCAGAUUUACAUGUAUCCGGAACAACCGGAAUCCGGAAUAUACCGGAUUUCGGAAUUUGCCAGAUUUUGUGACUCACCGGAUCAUAAUCUGAAAUAAAAGUAAUUCUCUUUCCCGAAUUCCACACGAUCACGAUACAUUAAUCGAUUGUUUCGAGCGUUGAGCUUGUUUAAUGUUUAAUAUUCCGUACAUACCAGAGGCUAGAGUCAGCACCGCUAAUAGUGGCCAAUAGUGUAGGGACUUUGAUAAGAAAAUUUAAACUUUUUGUAAAAAUAAACCAAUGGCAUAGUUGAAAAGAUGUAAUUUUUUAAAGAAUUAUAACACCAAAAUCAUAUUUUUAGCUGUUGUAGUUUUAAAGUUAUGAAUUUUUAAAGUACGACUUGGUUUGUCAUUUUUUAACAUGGACUGCAUCUCCACAUUCUGUGAUCUCAUUCCGCCAAUCCCGUCAUGCGCAAUGACUAUAUAGUUUAUAUAAGGCAACGCAUUCCCUGCCUUAUCACUAAAAUACUGUUUAGACUUAGUUUAAACUUUCAACUUUGGCACAUGAAUAAUUAAUUAAAGCUUUCCCUGACCAAUGGUUUAAUAGUUUUUGCACACGGCAAACUCUUAUGAAUGAAACUCUGAGGUAGUACUACGAUACAGUUAUGCAAGUGGCUGUGAAUGGUUGCCAAUGACAACGUGUUGCACACGGUAAAUUCUGAUCAUUUAUAAUAUGGAUUCUACCGGGUUGUUAAAGCUCAAAUUAAAACAUUCCAGUUUAAAUGUCUUUAAAUGCAUUCUGAAACACAAGUUAUCAAUUAUUUUGAUGUAAAUAGUGAUAAUAUAUUAAUAUUUCCUAAGUAUCGUCAACUUCCGCCAUUAAAAAGGGGGGCGUGGCCAACCCCAUGGCGAAAUUAGGUUGAGCAAGCUGCAUGACCUGCUGCGAACGCGUAGAAACAUGGCGUCUCUCGUAAGACACAUAUCCAAAUGGAACGGAACUCAAAUAUAUAUCGAAAGUACUAAUUUAAUAAUAAAUAGACACACACAUCGGAAAAUUAAAAACUCGGAUUUUUUGGCGCCGAUUGCGAAUUCCCAUACACAAAAAGUAGUAGUCCACCUUGACUUACCGAAGUAUCUACCAAUAGUACCAAAAUCCGGAAUCCGGGAGAAACCGGAAUCCAGAUUAUUCCGGAAUCCGGAUCCGGCGGAUUUUGCAUAAGAAAAUCCGGAUCCGGUUGGAAAAAACGGAUCCGGCACACCCCUAAUUAAGAACACUAAGUUGGCACGGGAGAAUACUUCAAAAUUUUUAUGGGAAAUGGAAGUCGGCUCAUAAGAAUAUGAGUUUUUUUCAACAUUUGUGCUUUUUCAUUAGUGAAAGUAAAGGGACUAUUUUGUCUUAAAAUUGUGGUAUCCUUCCUCAUCUUUACCUACAUUUCAACGUAUUGUUCUGCCUUUUUUUUUUAUAAACCUUAAUAAUGGAAAUUCAUAGGUAUAAAAUAUGAGGCAUCUUUCCCUCAAAGUUUUUUAAAAGAAAUUCAAAGACAAUGAGUUGCAUUUUAAUCUUGAAAGGCAGUGUCUACAUGUCUGGCGACCGGACGGGCAUGUCACGUGACCGCCGUACAACUUGUAGGUGUUAUUAUUCCGGCAGACAUGUCAUGUGACAAGAAGUCCCCGGCCAAAUAAUUGCAUUGUAUAUAGGGUUGCCAUAUCUAGCUGGGACCUCGUCAGAACACUCUGAGAUGAGGGUGUAGAAGCGAAGUAAAAAAAAUUAUGAGUUUAAUUACUUAAAAGAACAUAACGGUCCUAAUUAUAUAUCAUAUUCCAAUAUUGUGUAUAUACGUUAGUCAGCCGAUCCUGAGAUAGUAAAUAAAUACUGAAUAUGUUAAUAUUUUCAAAUGCUAUGAGAUACAUAAAGCGUAUUAUAAGCUUUUGACUUUGAAUUAUAACUAUUAUAAUAAUAGUAGGUCUAUAUACUAGUCUUUUUGAAUCCGACUCUUCAAAGAAAAAAAAAGUCUGUUAUCUUGAUUUAGAUAUCUUAUAAGGCUCUACCUAUUAGCCUAAAUUUAAAAUUUUAACAAAACAAAAUAAGACCAAUACCUGCCAGAUGACUUUCAAUAGUCCUAUGUCAAAAAAGUUUUAUUUUAGUCUAUUAAUAUUGCGUGAGAAGUAGGCUACCCCAGCAGCACACUAUAUUGGCCCUAGAGUAAGAUGUAGGGUUUAUUUCAUUGUGAACUAUCGACCUUUCCGCUUUAAUUAUUUAUCACCCUACUUAUCAUUUUUAUCCGUUCUCUCUCAGUAUUUCUUCCUUCUAGUAUCCAUUGCUCUCUCCCACCCACCCCUCCCUCCACUUAUUUGUUGAAAUUAAGUAAACUCGUCGCCCACAUGCAUCUCUGACACCAUUUUUCUAUUUGACUGUAAGUGGUCACGUGACAAGGCUGACGGACAAAUAUCUUGCACAAUUUUGUUACGGGGGUCAUGUGACUUGGUCCCCGGACGAAUAUCUCGAGAACUUUUUUGUCCGGUCGCCGAACAUAAAGACACUUGGAUCUUGAAAAGAGUUAUAUAUUAAUGAAUAUGUGUGCCGAUUCUCAUUGAUGUAGGUCAUGUCCGACGUUCGUUAUGCUUGUCCUAAUAACCUGCAUUACAAAAAGGUCGCUCAACCCGAUUUCGACCACGCUCCUUUUUUAAUGUGCCCAUUUUUAGGAAAUACUCAAUUAUUGCCAUUAUUUAUAUCAAAAUAUUUGAUAACUUAUGUUUGAGAAUGAACUUCGACGGCAUUUAAACAAGAAUAUUUUAAUUUGAGGUUCAAAAAGCCGUAGAGUCCAUAUUAUAAAUUAUAAUUUGUUGUGUACAAAAUAGACUAUAUAUGUAUAUAUAUAAUAGACGCAAGACUUGAUGAAUAGAACAUCCAUAUUGUUUUUAAUUUACUGCAAUAAUGAAUAUUACAUAGCCUGAUUAUUUAUAAUAUAUUUAUAAUUUCAUAAUAAUAAAAUGAAUUUUAAAUUGAGAACUUAGAAAUAAAACUUGCAUAAAAUAAUCAUUUAAACAAGAGUAUUUGCAUGUGACGCGGUCAGCGAAAUGGAGUCACAAAAUGUGGGGGUGCAGUCCAUAGUAAACAAGAAAAAAUAUCAAAAGAACUUGCAUUUUAAAAUUUAUAGGUCAAAAAGUACUAAAGCUGGAAAUUUAAUUCUGGUAUAAUUUUUUAAUUUUUUUAAUUUGCUCUAAUCAACUAAUAUUUUAAUAAUUUUUGUUUAAUUUGUUGUUUGUUGUUACAGAAGUACCUACUAAGACUAAGAUAGUAUUCAGAAUUCAUCAGGAAUAGGCUAAUUGGCCCUAAGUUCAGAUUAGGGGCCAUCCAUAAAUGAUGUCACACUCAUGUAGAAAGAAUUUUUACCCCUUCCCUUCCCCACAAAUCACCACAAAUUUGGUAAAAUUACUUGUCAUGGCGGCUGUGUAAAAAAAAAAAAUAGUGCAAACUCACGUCUGCUAAAAUGGGGAUGGGAAAGAGAGAGAACAUGUUGUUUUAGCUAAUUAUCGAGAGAAACAGAAAUAGGAACAAAAUGUUAAAAUUUAAUGAAAUAAUUUCAGCUGGCACAUUAAUUUUGUUGCAAACAUAGGAACUGUAUUGUAUCCUCUAGAUCAGUGGCCCCCAAACCCCGUGCCGCGGACCGGUAGCGGUCCGUGGAUCAAAUGGUACCGGGCCGCCAAAAGAAACAUUAAAUUUUUUCCAUUUUAUAAGCUUACCAGAUUUUCUGAAUGAUAAGUAUGGAUGUACGGACACAAAGGCUCACAGCAACGGGUACCAUAAGGCCGUGUGGGGGGGGGGGGGUGUGUUGUGCUUGGUUUUUUUUUUAGGGGGGGGGCACUCCCCCACCCCCUAUCCCUUUAAAAAAAAAACAAAGACAUCAAACAAUUUUUAUGGGUAAUUGUGACGUCACAGGAUAAUUAUUAUUUUUUUUUUAUGAAUGAGUCGCGUGUUCAUACAGCCGACAAUUUGGCCAGCCCAGUGGUCCCCAUAUUAUGCGUCGCUCUGGGUGCCAUGUUGCCCUCAGGCAGAGCCAUGAGAGUUGGGCAAAGAGGGCAGUCACAGCGGGAACCAAAUUAUAAAUCAAAACAAUCCAAAAUAUAGCAAUCGACACACCCCAACCCCUCAGCGGGCCGCAGUAAAAUUAUCAAACGUUGACCGGUCCGCUGCGAUAAAAAGUUUGGGGACCACUGCUCUAGAUAUUCAGCAAGAAGUGUCAAUGACCUGCGGUCACUACCUUCCCUCAACUAAAACACACGUGCUACAGUUACACACUGUGGUAAGAAAAGUGUAAAAAUGAAGAAAUACAAUACAAAAUAAUUUUAAAAUAGUAAUGAAAAUGCAACUUACGGUUUCAUAGAAUACAAUCUUACACAUUUUAUUGCAAGUUCCACCUAAAAGAAAAUCCAAAAGUUUGCAGAAAAUCAAUAUAAAACCAUAACCAUUUUCAAAAAUGCCAGAAAAUAUAAGUAUAAUUAACCACCCAGAGAAAUUAUAAUUUAAAACAUUACAUUAGCGUAUUAUUUUAAAAAAUAAGUUAACUCUAGUAAUCCAAGAAUAAACAAAAGGGAGAGAAUCCUACACAGAAACUCAAACUGGCACAGAUUGCGUAAAUUGACCCAAAUUUGUAACAUAAAAAUUAAACAAACUAACUUAUCAUCACACAUCGUCACAAAUUCCUACCCCCCCCCCCCCCCCCCAUCUUUUACGUUUUCAGGCCCUAGAUGUGUGACGUCAUUAAUGUAUGGAACCUAAGGCUUACCCCUUAUUGGCUUCAUUAAAUUUUAUUCUAUGGCUCUAGGCCUAAUUAUAGUAAUAGAACUAAUAUUUUAGUGUCUAAAAGAAAUUGACUUUAAAAAUUUCAUAGUCUAAAAUAUAGACCAAAUGUAUUUUCCAAGCAAAAACUUCAAAAAUGUACACAGACACAAAAAAAUGACACAUACUUGUUUAGUAAUCAACCUUCCAUUAGUAUACACAGAUGACACAUACUUGUUUAGUAAUUCACCUUCCAUUAGUAUACACAGAUGACACAUACUUGUUUAGUAAUCAACCUUCCAUUAGUAUAAACAGAUGACACAUACUUGUUUAGUAAUCAACCUUCCAUUAGUAUACUCAGAUGACACAUACUUGUUUAGUAAUCAACCUUCCAUUGUUACAUUUGUGAUAAUAAAUUGCAGAAUUAACUGGCUGACUUUAAGAUGGCAGAAGAGAUGGAGACAGCUGAAGGAGCUGAGCUAUCAUCACCAAUGUCCUUCAACUCUCUUGUGGCCCCCCAGCAUGGUAAACUGGCCAAUUUUGAUGUUGAGAAAAAGAUUGGAAAGGGCCAGUUCUCAGAGGUUUACAGAGCCAAGUAUAAACAAAAUGAAGGGAUGCCUCUUGCCCUUAAAAAAGUCCAGGUAAAAAAGUCAUUUAACUCGCUUUCUAACGUGGACAUUUGACCAAUUAGUUUUUAGCCAUGUCAUGGGUUUUUGUGUCCUGGUCUAAUCAUUCAUUUUAUUGUUGAGAUUUAAUUACCUGCACUGCAAAGAUGUCAAUUGUGUUCCAGAUUUUUGAGAUGAUGGAUGCCAAAGCCAGAAAUGACUGCAUGAAAGAAAUAGACCUGCUGAAAGUAACUAGUGUUGUUAUAUUGUUAAGAUUUAUCUUUGCUGGAAUGUUCAAUCUCUUUUUUUUUAAAUUGUUAAUUUAUUAAGUAAGUUCAAUGGCAGGAUAUUUGUAAUAGUCAGUGUUCUUUCUUAUUAAAUAUAUUUAUUGAUUGAUUUAUAUUUUAAGCUAUGAGAUAAUUUUUUUUUUAAAUGUAUGUGCUGUUAUUGGCAAUGAGUUAUUAAGCCUAAAUUAUCUGUAUUGCUUUUCAGCAACUGGACCAUCCAAAUGUGAUCAAAUACCUGGACUCAUUUAUUGAGAAUAAUGAACUGAACAUAGUCCUGGAGUUGGCUGAUGCAGGAGACCUGCAGAGGAUGAUAAGGGUGAGUUUGUCAAGGUUUAUUUUUUCCCCUUUUAAGAUAAUGCAAAAUCAUGCAAAGAUUUCUCUUGUGAUUAAAAAGGUAAAUGACUUUUCACAUCUAAGUAAAUUCAAAAUUUGCAAGGAAAUUAAAAAAAUAUUUAAAUAUUUGCACCUUUAUUGGUUAAUUUGGUUCAUCUGUCUUGUAAACAAAUAUCUUUUUAUAUUAUCCAAAUAUCCAUGGUGUUACGAUAGUCCGGAAUUUUUUUGUUGGGAAAAGUAGGGAAUUAAGUUUAUUUAAAAGAGGAGGAACCGUGAAUUUAACCUUUAUUAGAAAGUGCUUGUGAUAUUGAUUGAUAAUUAAUUUUAUGAAUCUGUUUCAGCACUUCAAAAAGCAGUGUCGACUUAUCCCAGAGAAGACUAUAUGGAAAUAUUUUGUCCAAAUUUGCAGUGCUUUGGAUCAUAUGCACUCCAAGAGGAUUAUGCACAGAGGUUAGGAUUCUAACCAUUUCUGUUUUUUUUUUGUGUAGUCCAUUUUUCAAUGUGGAUCUAUUAUUUAAGCUUUUGCCAAAUAGUAAUCUUUCUAUAAACAUAAUGUACUUUUCAAUGUGGGUCUAUUGUUUAAGAUUGUGUCAAAUAGUAAUCUUUCUAUAAACAUAAAAAUGUGGUUCAUUUUUUUUUAAAAAUAAUUUUACUCAGAUUGUCCCCUUUUUUCAACCAUGAUGUCACCAGCCAUUCCUCAGAUCAUUGUAUUCAUUAUUUUGUAAGGCUCUAUCAACUUCUUUCCUUUUAUUGACCUGAUAAUAUUUUCUGAAACAAAUUAGAUAUCAAACCUGCCAAUGUUUUCAUCACUGCCCAAGGGAUUGUUAAGCUGGGUGACCUUGGCCUUGGGAGGUUUUUCAGUUCCAAAACUACAGCUGCCAUGUCCUUGGGUUUGUAUCAACAAUUUAACCCAUGCCUAAGUUUAAUUUUUGUCAUUCUCUUCUAAUGCAGUGGUUCUUAACCUAGGUUCGAUCAAACCCCAGGGGUUCAGUGAGUCAGUCUCAUGGGUCCGGCGGAGGUCCAAAAAAAAUCAGAAAAAAUAAUCAUAUUUUAUUUUUCCUAUUAAGAAGUGUUCAGUGAAUGGGCAUAUGAAAAUGGUGGGUUUCAGUACCUCCAACAAGGUUAAGAACCACUGUUCUAAUGUAUACAAGCUUCUCAACCUGAACUAUGCACAGCCUUUACCUAGAUGAAACCAGUGUCAGUUUAAAAUAAUCCUCUAAAAAUCUUAUUUAAGAAUAUAUGGCAUUUUAAUUUAUAGUUAGAGAUUUAAAAGUGUGAGGGAAAAUAUCAUCUGUCUAAUCUCCAAGCAUGUAUUUAUUUAUUUUUUUCAAUGUGUAUUGCCAUUGAAUGAGCGUCUUCUCAUUUCAGUUGGGACACCUUACUACAUGUCACCUGAGAGAAUCCAUGAGAAGGCUUAUAAUUUCAAGUCUGAUAUUUGGUCCUUGGGGUGUCUGUUGUAUGAGGUAAUACCUUUAGUCUCCACCUGAUAGGAUAUCCUCAGUUCAUUUUUAAUUUGUUUAUUUACUUGAAAAAAAUAGUGCAUCUAAUACUAAUUAUAAACUAUGGCUGGAAUUUACAAUUUACCUUAGUUUGGAACAGAAACUAAAUGUUAAAAAACAUAUGGUAUAAGACGUGUAUGUAGAUUCUACCAAUGUAAAAGAUAACUUUAAAAUGAUUCACCAAUGCUUUAUUCCUAUUUGUUGAAAAGAUAACAUUUCCUAACCGAUCAUAAAAUAAAACCCACGUGUCCCAUGAACAUCAAGAUAUAUUGGCACUACAGAUGCACAAAAUUUAGACUGUGUUUUUUUGUUCAUUUAUUGCAUUCAGACAAUUUUUGUCCACUGAAGCCACCAACAAAAAAAUACUUAGUGCUCAAUUUAGCAAUCUGAUGUUGAAAGUAAAUGUCUUAUUUCCUCUUUUCUGGACUUCUGGCAUUUACAAGGCUUUUUUUGCAAUAUUCUACAAAAAUCUAUUGCUUGAAACAUAGUAGGCUGUAGAUGAUGAAAGCAAACUCAUGAUGAACUCAUUGCUGGACUUCCCAUUGGACAUAACUUUCACCACCUUUCAUAACUUUCACCACCUUUCAUGUGUAGCAUUUCUGAGUUUCAAACUACAGGUAGCUAAUAAGUUGUGCAUUUUAUUCACCUACUCUGGGCAAGCAACACUCGUGAUUUAUCAUUCAAGUUUCUUAUUUCUGUUCAGAUUGUAUUGUAAUGUAAGAACAUGGAGAAUAGCUAUUCCUUUUAUGACAGAUGAUGUCAAAACAAUCCAUAUUCUGUGUUUUACAGAUGACAUCAAUACAAUCUCUAUUCUAUGCUAUACAGGUGACAUCAUACAAUCUGUAUUCUAUGUUUCACUGAUGACAUCAAUACAAUCUCUAUUCUUUGUUUUACAGAUGGCAGCACUACAAUCGCCAUUCUAUGGUGAUAAGAUGAAUCUGUUUUCCUUGUGCAAGAAAAUAGAGCAGUGUGAUUAUCCUCCCCUUCCAGCUGAUUGUUAUUCCGAGCAGGUAAAUGUCUUAAAAUAUUUUAUUGUUUGUAGAAUUAUCUUGUUAAAAACCUUUUAAUAUCUUAAAAUUGUGUGUGCAGUCAUUGAUAUAAAUUGUGUGUGCAGUCUUUGAUAUAAAUUGUGUGUGCAGUCGUUGAUAUAAAUUGUGUGUGCAGUCAUUGAUAUAAAUUGUGUGUGCAGUCAUUGAUAUAAAUUGUGUGUGCAGUCAUUGAUAUAAAUUGUGUGUGCAGUCAUUGAUAUAAAUUGUGUGUGCAGUCAUUGAUAUAAAUUGUGCUUUCUUAUGUGCUUAAAAAAUAUUUUUACACUGUAUAAUUCUGAUGGGGAAAAAAAGAUUUAUGCUAACCCAGCACAUUUAAAGAUAGUGACAAAUUUGGCUGACUAGACCAGUUUCGUUUUACCUGACCCAAUAAUAAAUUAAGUUGUUUUCAAACUUCAUGUUACUGAACUUCACAUGAAAAGAGAAAUUCUCCUGCCUGACAUAUUGCACAAAAUAAAAUAAACUUACAUAAUCAUAAAGAUACAACUUUAGCAAAGUGCACACACCCGCCAGCUAGAAAACAGCAGAACGAAUAAAUAUUUUGAGUUACAAAAUUUCAGCACAGGAAUCUAGUCUAGAGAAAGUUUGCUGGCGUUGUUUGCACCAUAGGCUCUCUUCAUCUCAUCUACAUUUGAACUAAUGCAGUGAAAUGGUGAUUACAUAGGCUCUUUUCAUCUCAUCUACAUUUGAGCUAAUGCAGUGAAAUGUUGAUUACAACUGUGACAGUUAUUCAACAUCUUUUCACCUCCUCUACUUUUGAACUAAUGCAGUGAAAUGUUGAUUACAACUGUGACAGUUGUUAAACAUCCUUGGUUUGUUUUUUAGCUGCGUUCUUUGGUCAACAUGUGCAUCAACCCUGACCCUGACCAGCGUCCAGACGUCAAAUACGUAUAUGAAGUGGCCAAGAAAAUGUACCACAUGUUUGAACAACAGCAACAGCAAAGACAGCUGCAGGUACAGCAACAACAGCAGCAGCAAGUCACCCAGAUGCAGCAGCAAGUGGCUCAGUAGAAAUCGUCACGUGUUCUCACAGGUCAGUUGGGAGAUGUAGUCGUGGCCCUUUGUAGGCUUUUGUUGAACAUUAUCUGACUUGAUAGCAAAUUUUGUAGUUAAACGGUGAAACCUUUUUUCACCAAGUUAUCAUCCCAGCAAUGCUGACCGACUGAGCCAUGCUGAUGGACUGAGCCAUGCUGACUGACUGCUGUGAUUAGAUCGAGUUUUUCAGUGUGUGUCUAGUUUGACAAGUCAGUGAUUGGUGUGCAGUAUUACAUAGCAUCAACAUUUAGAUCUAUUAAGCAUCAUCAUUUUUUGUCUUAUAUUUUGUGUCAUUUGGGGUGAGUUAGGAGCUACUGAAAAUGUUUUUACGUAAUUGAUCAAAGCAAUGUUUAUACAAAGGCUAAUUGACAAAAUGACCCUUGUAUUUAUUCACAGCUAUGUUUAGCCCACAAUUUUAGGACACUGCUAAGAGGAAGUCUGAAUUAUUAAUUUUGUCCUAUCAUUUUAAUGUUAGCCAAUCACUUGUUUGAAUCAAAGUUUACUUAAACAUGUUUGUCUUUCUCGUCUACCAGUUUUUGUACAAUUAUUUCCAGUGUACAUCAGAAUUAUAUGUAAAUAUUUGAGUCUUAUUUAAAUGUAAUAUCUGUACACUCACAUUUCCCCUGCCUCUGUCACCAUGCAUUGCCUGAUACAAUGCUCUACCACUCUGGAUUUUUCCCUGUGGCAGCAGCAAGUUUUUUUUCCUGAGGUCUUUGAUAAAAAGAGUUUUAUGGCGUUACUAACGUUUGAUAUUUCAUAUUAACAUAUAGCUGUUAGCUUCCUAUUAGUCCACUGUGUGGCCAUGCAGAUGAUUUUUAUAGCAAUGAUCUUACCUUUAAUAUUUUUUCCCAGUAAAAUUUAGACUUCUAAAUAAAAUGUUCCCAACAGAAUCAAUAUAGAUUGUUUAAUAUUAUUAAACAUUUUCAUUACUUUUUGUUUCUCCAUAUUCAUUAUACAUAAAUAUAGAUUGUUUAAUUAUUAUUAUACAUUUCCAUUAAAUUUUUUUCCAUAUUUUUUUACAUUAAAUUUGUACAUGUUUUUAUCCUCCGUCCAUGCUUACAACUAGUCUGGUUGGUUCUGACAUUGGCAAGACAAGUUUCUUGUGUGAGGGAGUAUGUCAUAUUUAUUGUUAUAAGUUAUAACAUUGUGUGAUAGCCAACUACUGUCAGGGAGUCUCAGCUUUAAUAUUGUACUAUAGCUUAGGGCUGUCUGGAAUUCUCAGUUACACAGACACAUGUGAUAGCGCUAUAAAGACAUAUGUGAUAGCUAAGGGCUUUCUGGAAUUCUCAGCUAUAAAGACAUAUGUGAUAGCUAAGAGCUGUCAGGAAGUAUCAGCUAUAAAGACAUAUGUGAUAGCUAAGCGCUGUCAGGAAGUAUCAGCUAUAAAGACAUGUGAUAGCUAAGGGCUGUCUGGAAUUCUCAGCUAUAAAGACAUAUGUGAUAGCUAAGAGCUGUCAAGAAGUAUCAGCUAUAUAGACAUGUGAUAGCUAAGGGCUGUCUGGAAUUCUCCGCUAUAACAUUAUGUGUGUUAGCUAAGAGCUGUCAGGAAGUCUCAGCUAUAAUAUUGUGUAAGGGCUAAAAUUGAUCAGAUCGAUCAAGCGAUCAAGAUAUGUAAAGGCUAACUAACCCAUUGUAGUCCUUGUAUUUCGUCUCAUCAUUUUUGAGGAGUCAACCUUAAGAGAGAGUGCUUGUAUUCUACCAUACAUUUCUGAGUCAUGUUACAUGAACUGUAUAUUUGUAUAUAAAAAAAUAACUAGUUUAGCCUUUUUUUCAAUCAACUGAAUUUGUAACCCAUGUGAUUUAUAGGCCUGGUACAAUCGGAGCUAUUGCGUAGCUGGCACAAUGGGAGCUAUUGCCUAGCUGGUACAAUGGGAGCUAUUUCCUAGCUGGUAGAAUGUACAAAGAAGUUUACUGUGCAACAUUUUCUAGUUUGAUUUUUACAUAAUCUAUAGGCUUGCUCCACACUCUUUGUGUGCAAUUGUUCAAUUUUCCUGGCCAUGAGCCUUAUCCAUUUGUAUCUUUGAGUUGAUUGUUUUGUUACAAAUAAUUUGACUUGGUUACUGACAUAAAUUAUUGUUUGGAGUAGUCGUUUGCAGGAUUUAUUGGUUGGUAUAAUGAGAUGUAAAAUGAUAUGCCUAAAACAUGAAUGGAAGUUGCUAAGGUCAUGAUUGAUGCAACUGUGCUUAUCUAAACAGUAGACUAUGGAGACAAUCCUCAUUUGGCAUUUGGCCAAUGCAUGACCACCUCCCUCCAUGGAUGACCACCUCCCUCCAUGGAUGACCCUCUCCAUUCAGUCAUGCACUCCAUUCAGUCAUGAUGCAUGACCACCUCCCUCCAUUGAUGACCCUCUCCAUUCAAUCAUGCACUCCAUUCAGUCAUGAUGCAUGACCACCUCCCUCAAGAAUGACCCUCUCCAUUCAAUCAUGCACUCCAUUCAGUCAUGAUGCAUGACCACCUCCCUCCAUGAAUGACCCUCUCCAUUCAGUCAUGCACUCCAUUCAGUCAUGAUGCAUGACCACCUCCCUCCAU